AUGAACCAAAUGAACCAAAUGAACCAGAUGAACGUCAAUAUGAAUCCCGGAGUCGCUGGCCCAGUCGGCGGCGUUCCUAUGAUGAAUAACGGUUCUGCGGCUCCACGUUAUGACAGCCCCAUGAAUAACCCUGACUACCUGAUCAAUCAGCUGAACACCUACAUCUACGAUUAUUUCUUGAAACGUGGCCACCAUGAUUGCGCCCGCGCUCUCGUCCAGGAUGAGUCCUUUAAACUCAACACUGAGCCGAACACGAAGACAAGCCCGGGAAAUGUGAAUGGGAUCGAUGGUGAUUCGAUGAUGGUAGAUAAGGACGGUGAGAAGAUCAAGAUCCCUGAUGACCUCCCACGCCCCAGUCUCGCAAGCGAAAAUCUCCAGUCCUCGUUUUUACUGGACUGGUUUAGUCUCUUCUGGGAUUUCUUUUUCACUCCUCGCAAGAAGGGUAGUAGUCAAGACGUGAGACAAUACCUUCAGCAACAUCAGACUAUGAUGCGCAUGCGAGAGCAGCAAAAUCCCCUUAUGCGCGCACAGCCAAUGAUGCCAGGUCAUAUGAACCAAAUGAUGCGCCCCCGAAAUGGUGGCAUGGUGCCACCAGGGGCUAACAAUCUAACCAAGGCAGUGUUGCAGAACAACACUUCUGGAAUAUCCCCACAGCAGAUGGCGGCAUUCCAGCAGAAACAACAAAUGCAAUUGAUGCAGCAGAUGCGUGAACAAUCCGACAUGGACAUGAACGGAAACCGACCUCAGUCCCCCGCCUCUGCCGAUAACGCCCCCUCGCCGUCGAAACGCCCUCGCCUCGCAGAUGGUACAGUAAAUGGCCAACCGCUGGCUCCUGGUGGACGUGGACAAGGACAGGGUAUGCCGGGUCAGAACCCGCAGAUGGCGAUGCAGAAUGGGAUGGCACAGCGGGCAAUGAACCCGGUUCAGUUCCAGCAGUUCCAACAACAGGGACAGGUUGCAGCGCAACAAAAAUCUAUGCAGGUAUAUGCUCAAAACUUGGCCCUUCAUCACUCUCGCUCAGCAUCGAAUUCCCAGGGUAUCCCGAACGGUGGUAUGAUGAACCCCGGUGUGAUGCCUAACCAGGCGGAUCUGGUGGCUAUGCCUGAUGGACAAGGAAUGUACCCUAUGGGUGCGGAGUACUAUGGUGCCAAUGGUCAGAUGCCCCAGGUUCGCCCCGGUAUGGCGGGCACACCGAACGGUCAGCACGGCAACCACGCUCUCCAAGAUUAUCAGAUGCAACUUAUGCUGCUCGAACAGCAGAAUAAGCGUCGUCUGAUGAUGGCUCGACAGGAGCAAGACACCAUGGCCCGCGACGGUCAACCGUUGCAAGGAGGUGCUUUGCCGCCUGGCACCUCUCCUCAGGGCAGUCGCACCGGUGCAUCGCCAAAUCCGAACGAACAAAUGAAGCGAGGCACACCUAAGAUGCCUCAGUCUGGCCUUCCCGGAUCGCCUAGUGCCGCCGACCUCGGUCAGAACCGUGGAUCACCGGGCUCCAUGAACUUGAACGGUGGUCAAAUGCCGCCUGAGAUGGCCGCGCAAUUCUCCUUUGGACAAGGUGGACCCAAUAUGCGCCCCCCAAGCUCUAACCCCUCCUUCAGUGGACCUCAAAUGGGCCAGCCCCUCACUGCUAAUGCUGCUAACCGCGUACCUAGUGGUCAGUGGCAGCCAGGGCAAAUGCCUCCUCAGCAUUCUCCUGCUACUCAGCCUCAGGCUGGCACACCGCAGGAUCAGAGAGGUAAUAUGCCUCCACCUCAGGCACCACCUGGUGCUGGUGGCAACGCCGGCCGUGCGCAGGAGUCUCCAGCUGGUGGGAAUGCACCCCCAACUCCCCAGCCGCCUUCUAAAGCAGCCCCCAAGAGGGAAAAGAAGAAGGCCGCAGCCAAGGGAGGCAAAAAGAACGCGAACGCUGCCAACCAAGCUACUGGUGCUACCCCAUCUACUGAGGCCGCCGAUCCCCCGCAAACUCCCAACCCCUCUACUCCUGUUACGCCUCAUCCUCCUAAUAAUACUCUGCGGGGUCCAGCCAAUGCGGCUGCAGGCGCUCCACCUCAGCAGACAUCGGCUCCCGCUCCUCCACCAAUGGUCCCAGCUGUUCCAGACCAGUCUCAACAAUUCAAUGAUCUCGGCAUCUCUGAGAACGCGCCCUUCAGUCUUGAUUUCAGCGCCCUGGAUAAUCCCGAUAUCUUGGAGAGCUUUGACUUUGAUACAUUCUUGAACACUGAUGCUGACGGUACUGGGUUCGGAUUUGAUCCUAACAUGUCCUACCCCCCUGACGGUGUUGAGACCGGGGCCGACGGUCUUUCAUGA